AUGACGUCAACAACCACCCAGUUCAGGAAGCUGGAAGUUUCAUGGUUCUCAGAGUUCGACUAUUUCUUCUAACCCGUUUUAAAACCAGCAGAACUUAAGUCAAAGGAGGAGAGAGGGGAAGUUUUAGCUGUCGUAACUAAAAGGCACGUGUCUUUUUUCUGGAAAUACACUUUUUCUUGUCGCUGUACCGAAGUCGGAGGGGGCAGGUUUCCACAUCAGUCAUCUGAAGAUGCUAACCUCAAGUCUCCCAGCUAACGCCUUUACUGAACUCCAUGAUGACCAGGCACAAAAAGUGGAUCAAUACCUGCACAAGUUCAAGUUGUCAGACAAGACUUUGAUGGAGUUAUCUGUUAGAUUUCGGCGAGAGAUGGAUAAAGGCUUAUGCAGGGACACGAAUCCCACAGCUGCUGUCAAAAUGCUACCAACCUUUGUGCGCUCUACUCCUGACGGAACAGAACAAGGAGAAUUCUUGGCGCUGGACCUCGGUGGAUCCAACUUCCGAAUUCUGCUGGUUAAAGUGCAGGGCAAUGGCGAGCAAAAGGUGGAGAUGGAAAGCCAGACUUAUGACAUUCCUGAGCUUGUGAUGAGAGGCAGCGGCUCUGAGUUAUUUGACCACAUCGCCGACUGCCUGGCUGAUUUUCUGGAGAAGAUGGGGAUAAAGGAUAAGAAGCUUCCUCUAGGUUUCACCUUUUCUUUCCCCUGCCUGCAGACCAAGUUGGAUGAGAUAAAAUCUUCCAUCCAAAAAACAAGGGCCCACGAUCAAAUGUCAUCAUAUCAGAGCGUCUUGAUGUCUUGGACCAAAGGCUUCAGGUUGAGUGGAGUGGAAGGAAAGGAUGUGGUCAGCCAUUUGAGGAGGGCUAUCAAAAAGCGAGGGGACUUUGACACUGACAUCAUGGCAGUAAUCAGCGACACAGUGGGAACCAUGAUGACCUGCGGCUUUGAUGAUCGUCACUGUGAAAUUGGCCUCAUAGUGGGUACAGGCACCAAUGCUUGUUACAUGGAGCAGAUGAGGAACCUGCAGCUGCUGGAUGGAGAUGAGGGUCAGAUGUGUGUUAAUACAGAGUGGGGAGCUUUUGGAGAUGAUGGCGCCCUGGAGGACCUGCGCACUGACAUUGACCGGGAAAUCGAUGCAGGCUCGUUGAACCCUGGAAAGCAGCUGUUUGAGAAGAUGAUAAGUGGGAUGUACAUGGGGGAGCUGGUGCGUCUCAUCAUGGUGAAGAUGGCCAGAGAUAAGCUGUUGUUCCAGGGCAACACUACGCCAGAUCUUCUUACCACCGGACACUUCAGCACCAACUAUGUCUACACUAUUGAGAGUGACAAAGAUGAAGAAGGUCUAGCAAAUGCUGAGAAGGUGCUCCGUAGCAUGGGUCUCAACCCGUCUGCUGAGGACUGCGCCGCUACCAGGAGGAUUUGUCAGAUCGUUUCGACUCGCGCAGCACACCUGUGUGCUGCCACCCUGGCAGCAGUGAUGCGACAGAUCCGGGAUAACAAAGCGGCUGAAAAGUUGCGCAUCACCAUUGGAGUAGAUGGCUCAGUUUACAAAAAUCACCCAGAAUUUUCCAGGAGGCUGAACAAAAUGGUGCGGCGCCUGGUUCCAGACUGUGACGUCCGGUUUCUGCAGUCACAGCACGGCAGCGGUAAAGGUGCAGCGAUGGUCACCGCAGUGGCCUACCGUCUUGCUGCUCAGCAUGCAGAGAGGCAGCGCAUCCUUGACACCCUGCGUUUGAGUCGUGAGCAGCUGUUUGAGGUCAAGAGGAGAAUGACAGAGGAGAUGGCACGAGGCCUUUCAAAGCAAACGCAUGACCAAACGAGCGUCAAGAUGCUUCCUACGUAUGUCCGAUCCACUCCAGACGGAACAGAACAAGGAGAUUUCUUGGCUUUGGACCUUGGUGGAUCUAGUUUCCGUGUUCUUCUUGUUCGGCUCAAAAAAGAAAAGAAGCAAAAGGUGGACAUGCACCAGAAGAUCUACAGCAUCGAUCAGGAUACAAUGCAAGGCACAGGGGAAGAGCUCUUUGAUCACAUUGUGUACUGCAUUGCUGACUUCUUGGAUUACAUGGGAAUGCGAGGAGCUUCCUUACCUCUGGGAUUUACUUUCUCUUUUCCGUGUGAUCAAACCAAACUGGAUGAGGGCAUUCUCCUGAAGUGGACAAAAGGUUUCAAAGCCAGCGGCUGUGAGGGGAAAGAUGUUGUGAUGUUACUUAAAGAGGCUGUUCGACGUAAACAGAAAUUUGACCUGAACUUUGUGGCGGUGGUAAAUGACACAGUGGGGACCAUGAUGACCUGUGCUUAUGAGGACCCCCAAUGUGAGCUGGGCCUUAUUGUAGGCACAGGAACCAACGCCUGCUACAUGGAGGAGAUGCACAACAUUGAGACAGUGGAGGGAAACGAAGGCCGCAUGUGUGUCAAUGUAGAAUGGGGAGCGUUUGGUGAAAAUGGUGAACUGGAUGACUUUUGCACAGAGUUUGACCGUGCUGUGGAUGAAUGCUCCAAUCACCCCGGGAAACAGAGGUAUGAGAAGAUGAUUAGUGGCAUGUACCUGGGAGAGAUAGUGAGGAACGUGCUAAUAGAUUUCACCGCUAAGGGUCUGCUGUUCAGAGGCAAACUGUCAGAGCGACUGAAGACCCGGGGCAUCUUUGAGACCAAGUUUCUUUCACAGAUUGAAAGCGACCGCCUGGCCAUGCGUCAGGUCCGCUCCAUCCUGCAGCACCUGGGCCUCACCGGCUCCACGUGUGACGACAGCGUUCUGGUGAAGGAGGUGUGCAGCGUCGUCGCUCGCCGUGCAGCUCAGCUCUGCGGCGCCGGUCUAGCUGCUCUGGUAGACAAGAUCCGACAGAAUCGCAACCUGAAUCAGCUCUCCAUCACUGUGGGAGUGGACGGCACGCUUUACAAGACGCAUCCUCAUUUCUCAAGCAUCAUGCAGGAAACCCUGCAGGAUUUGGCCCCACAGUGUGAGGUGACUUUCCUCAAGUCAGAGGAUGGCAGCGGGAAAGGAGCAGCGCUCAUCACAGCUGUGGCCUGUAGGUUCAAGAGUGAGAAGCUGCUGUGAAUCCACACGACGACAGCAGAGCUGCAGCAACUUUCUCCCUUUGGGUCAACAUACUGUGCAGUCAAUCACCAAUCUGUAGUCUCUUAUGUUAUGUAUGUUUAGUCACACGUGGCUGUCUGUGCUUGAUGGUAGGAAGUGAAGCUGUGACGGAGGUCUGGGUGUAAAUUAGGCUCAGAAAUCACAGGUGUGGUAAUGAGCCUUCACCCUCUGUGAGACACGACUGUUACGAGCAUUGGGCUUUUGUUUCUGACACUCCCUAAAUGUCUUUUAUGUCUAUACUUAGAUUUUGUUCUAUUUUUAAGUCAAGGCUGUCAAUUACGCAUUGCAGUCCGCCAUGUUUAAAAAAAAAAAAAAAACUCCCAGACCAAAAGCAGAUCAUGGCAUGCAGCUGGUAAAUGAUGUUUUUUUUUAUACCAUUGUAUUUAAGAGUAAAAUGAUUUUCAUUUUGUUACAGACGACUUUAGGAAGCAUGCAGAACAGCAAUGAAAAUGUUUGGUAUAUUUUAUUCUUUUCAAAUAUAAACAUUAGUCACAAACUAAACUGUUAUGAAGCUAUGGAAAACUAAAAUCUUUGGAAAGGCUGCAAAUAACUGGAAGUGGAAAUGAUUCACACUGUGCUGUACUGAUUGCUGCAGGCUUAUUUUAAUACUCUGCCCAAAUAAAGAAACGUCAACAACUGCAAGUAAA